CAUCCUCCGGACCCACAGGGGGCGCUCGUCAGACGCGCAGUCUGCUAUGACAAACAGGGAAGGGUGGCUUUCCUCCUCUCGGUAUUAUGAAUGAACGUCUGCCUGAACUCGUCAAUAACAAACAUUAAAACUAACCCAGAGCUUCACUAAGCUCGCGUCGAUCGAGCUCAGGAUGUCAGCGAGCGCGGUGUACGUGCUGGACCUGAAGGGGAAGGUGCUGGUGUGCCGAAAUUACCGGGGAGAUGUGGACAUGUCGGAGAUCGAGCACUUCAUGACGCUCCUGAUGGACAAAGAGGAGGAGGGGACGCUCUCUCCAAUCCUGGCUCACGGUGGAGUCCGCUUCAUGUGGAUCAAACACAAUAACCUCUACUUGGUCGCAACAUCCAAGAAAAAUGCGAGCGUCUCGCUGGUCUUUUCCUUCUUGUACAAAAUCGUCCAGGUUUUUUCAGAGUACUUCAAAGAAUUGGAGGAAGAGAGCAUCAGAGAUAACUUUGUCAUCAUAUACGAGCUGAUGGACGAGCUGAUGGACUUCGGCUAUCCUCAGACCACGGACAGCAAGAUUUUGCAAGAAUACAUAACCCAGGAGGGGCACAAGCUAGACACCGGCGCCCCGCGACCCCCUGCCACAGUCACCAACGCCGUCUCCUGGAGGUCAGAGGGCAUCAAGUACAGGAAGAACGAGGUCUUCCUGGACGUCAUUGAGUCAGUGAACCUCCUGGUUAGUGCCAACGGUAAUGUUCUACGUAGUGAGAUCGUCGGCUCCAUUAAGAUGCGCGUCUUCCUGUCCGGGAUGCCCGAGUUGCGUUUGGGCCUCAACGACAAGGUUCUGUUCGAAAACACUGGACGUGGGAAGAGUAAAUCAGUAGAGCUGGAGGAUGUCAAGUUUCACCAGUGUGUCCGUCUGUCUCGCUUUGAGAACGACCGCACCAUCUCCUUCAUUCCUCCCGAUGGAGAGUUUGAGCUCAUGUCCUACCGCCUCAACACUCAUGUGAAGCCCUUGAUCUGGAUUGAGUCUGUCAUUGAGAAGCACUCCCACAGUCGGAUCGAGUACAUGAUUAAGGCGAAGAGUCAGUUCAAAAGGCGUUCCACAGCCAACAACGUGGAGAUCCACAUUCCUGUGCCAACGGACGCUGACUCGCCCAAAUUCAAGACCACAGUGGGCAGCGUGAAGUGGGUGCCGGAGAACAGCGAGAUCGUCUGGUCAAUCAAGUCCUUCCCUGGCGGAAAGGAGUAUUUGAUGCGAGCCCACUUCGGUCUGCCGAGUGUAGAGGCUGAAGACAAGGAGGGGAAGCCGCCAAUCAGUGUCAAGUUUGAGAUCCCAUACUUCACCACCUCAGGCAUCCAGGUGCGUUACCUGAAGAUCAUCGAGAAGAGCGGAUAUCAGGCCCUGCCGUGGGUGCGCUACAUUACCCAAAACGGAGAUUACCAACUCCGGACCCAGUAGGCGGCGCCUCAGCCGGCAGCAGGCAGGUGGAAAUCAGGAGGAGGCGGAGGCGGAGUCGAGCCGCUAAUGUGCUAUCAAUGGCAGGUGUCAGUCAUGAGACCAGGGGACUGUCAGUAUCUACUUUUUGUUUUUUUUGUUUUAGUUUUUUUGUAUUCGUUGAAGUUACAUUAAUUUCCGAUCAAUGCAAAUAUUAGAUGGAGCCUUCAGUUAGAGUAAUAAUGUUAAAUACUACUGUGUGUGGCUCCUGAUGUGAGCGGACGCCAAGGAAAGCAGGAGAAAUGUUUACACUCAAACUGAUGCCGUGCAGAGAUGCACACACACACACACCAAGGGUCAAAAAAAGAGUAUGUUACAAUUCGCACUUAAAGUUACUGUAAUCACCUCCACACUCAAACACUUACACACACACACAGGUUAAUGACACACACUCUCCAGUCAGUCUUGAGUACGGUAUUUUAUAUGAAGCUGCUUCGUUCUGCCACAAUUCCUAUUUGUUGAUUAUCUGUAUAUAUUUGUUACACGUUAAUGAACUUCGAUUCAGUGUUAUUUGUUCGAUAACUGUAAAUUUUUACUUUGUGUUAUCACCUCCACGGGAUGCCAUUGAUACGUGCCAGAGCGAUGCCUUCCUGCAUGGCUGUUGUGCUUUUUCAUUCAUCUCCUUUGACGUUCAGCUUCGCAGAAGAAGAGUAAAAUGUGGUCGAUUUAAGUAGCACGGUAAAUAGAAUACCAGUCGAAAAAUAAAAAUAAAAAAAAUCCCUCUGUUCCGCCCCGACACCUGUUUCCCUCCCUUCCUUUCCCCCCUUGUCUGUAGCCACAUUAUUUUAAAUCAUUAAAUGUCUAUUUAGAGAAAACCGU